AUGGCAAAAGCUUCCCAUAGAUUGCAAAAAGGUGCUGUCGUCCAGCGCCAUGCCAGAGUCCAUCUAAAAGGUCGAAUGCCUGAGGGAAACAUGGAAUCUUUGGCGACAAGCAUUCGUCUCGUUACACUGAACUGCCGGUUGCUGUCAAGUGAACUCCAACAAGCCGUUCUAACCAGACACCUGCGAUAUCUGCAUGCAUCGUUUGCUGCAUUGCAGGAAACACGGACCAGAGAUUGCCCUCUCAUCAGUAUCGACAAUUACACCAUCUACUGUGGCGAUGCUACCAACCCAACAACAGGCCGACAACGCCCAACCAGACCAACAACACGCAACGAAAAAGCAACACGACACCAGCGGCGGCGAACAAAGACGGACGCCACAGCACUCCGGACACACCCACAGACACGCCCCAACACCACUGCUCGAGACUAA